UUGCUAACAGUAUCCCUUCCUCUCUCCUUUGAUCCGUUGAUCUGCUGACUGAUCAUCAAUAUCAAUAUCCAAUUGUCUCAACUGUUCAUGAUUCACAGUUCUCUUUUCCGUAAUCUGAACCAUCUUCUCAUUUCUGGUCCCUUACGAUCUCUCUUCUGCCGCCGCUGCUUUACCUCUGCAUCUGCAAUCUGAAGCAUUAGAUAGAGAUACGUCGACCAUGAAUCAGUACCACAUCUACGAAGCCAUCGGUCGCGGCAAAUACUCGACCGUGUAUAAAGGCAGGAAGAAGAAGACCAUCGAGUAUUUUGCGAUUAAGAGUGUUGAUAAGUCGCAGAAAAGCAAGGUUCUUCAAGAAGUCAGGAUUCUUCACUCUUUAGAUCAUGAAAAUGUACUCAAAUUUUAUUCUUGGUAUGAAACUUCUGCUCACCUGUGGUUGGUCCUGGAGUAUUGCGUUGGAGGAGAUUUGCUUGCCUUAUUACAGCAGGAUAAUCAUCUACCUGAAGAUUCUAUUUACGAUCUUGCUCAUGACCUAGUCAAAGCUUUGCAGUACUUGCAUUCAAAUGGAAUAAUAUAUUGUGACUUGAAACCAUCAAAUAUUCUGCUGGAUGAAAAUGGAUGUGCAAAGCUUUGUGAUUUUGGCUUGGCUAGAAAAUUGAAAGAUAUAUCAAAAAUUCCUUCAUCAUCGUUGCCGCAAGCAAAACGUGGAACACCCUCCUAUAUGGCUCCCGAACUUUUUGAGGAUGGUGGAGUCCAUUCAUAUGCUUCUGAUUUUUGGGCCCUGGGUUGUGUCCUCUACGAAUGUUACACUGGCAGACCACCCUUUGUAGGAAGAGAAUUCACUAAACUUGUAAAAUCCAUCAUUUCAGAUCCAACUCCACCUCUUCCUGGUAAUCCAAGUCGCUCUUUUGUCAAUUUGAUUAAUUCUCUAUUGGUGAAAGAUCCAGCUGAAAGAAUACAAUGGCCUGAGCUUUGCGGGCAUGCAUUUUGGAAAACCAAAGUGAAUUUGGUGUCUUUACCGCCGCAACCUGCUUUUGAUGAUAUGAUAGAGCUGCAUGCUAAACCAUGUUUAUCAGAACGCAAUGGUGACAAAUCCUCCCAAAACAGAACUCCUCCCAAAUGCCGAGAAAAAGAUAUGAGAGGGUUGUUCAAGCAAGAUGAGAAUUCCAUCAUGGGACCGAGAGGUCACGAUACACCUACUAGGGGUCCACCAAAUGGCCAUAAAACUCAAAUAAAGGGUUUUGGCAAAACAACUGAGUUGAGGCAGAAAGAUGCUUCCAAUGCUAACAAGGCUAUGAACCUUUUGAGACUCUCAAGAAUAGCAAAAUCGAAUUUACAGAAGGAAAAUGAGAAAGAGAAUUAUCGACGCCCCUUGCCUAAUAGCUCUGAUAAUGACUCUGAAGUUAAAAUUGAGAAUACUGAUAUGGAACUUGAUUUUGAUGAAAAUACAGAAGAUGAUGCACAUGAUGAAAUUGAUGGUUCUGAUCAUACAACUUCUGUGCCUGAUGAGAAGAUGUCCAAUCAAAACCAAAAACAGGGGAAACCAGAGGAGAUAGAAAGUAAUAUACAUCAGCAAGACACCCCUUCUAUUGUUAACACACCCAACUCAGACGAUUCAAGGUCAAUUGAUCCGGAAUCAACUCCUGAGCAUCCUGACAUGUCUUCUAUCUCUCCCAGUGUGAGCCCUCAGGUCAGGAAGCAUAGGGUUAAAGAAGACUUGGGAUCUGCUUUUGAUUCUGAUUCUUCAAGGUCUUCCGGUAACAUUUCCCAGGUUCUUUGGCAUCAAUCUGAUCUCUCAGUCAGGCCUGUCAUGCCCAGUAGAAAAAUUGAUAAAGAGGUCAUCCCUUCACUUCCUUUUGAGGCUUUUGCUGUGUCUGAUUUUGUAAAGAUGUCAAAAGAACAAUUGGAUAUUAUCCAAAACCGAAUUGUAGCAAUUUUCAAUGGGAACUCCAUCAUUGGGGAGAAACAGAAUGUCAUUAGAUACCUUGAGAUGUUGAGCAAUAAUGCUGAUGCAGCUAAUAUCUUGACAAAUGGGCCAAUAAUGCUCACACUUGUAAAAUUGCUUCGUCAGUCCAAGGCAUCCGCUUUACGUGUUCAACUUGCUUCGCUGAUUGGUUUGUUGAUACGGCACUCUACUUAUAUUGAUGACAGUUUGGCUAAUUGUGGAAUUUUAAGUUCACUGACUGAUGGCCUUAGAGACAAGCAGGACAAAGUGAGGAGGUUUUCGAUGGCUGCUUUAGGUGAGCUACUAUUCUACAUAUCAACUCAAAAUGAGGACAAUAGAGAUAACAGUCAGCUCGAAUCUCCGUUGAAGGACAAUCGGACUACAUGUGGCUGGCAGGUUCCAAUUCGAUAUCUUUGUUUCAUCGCUUUUGCGGAAGGGAGAGGAUGACAUAACGCAGUUGUAUGCAUUGAGGACGAUUGAGAUUUGCAGUCAAGGAGGGGUAUGGGUGGGUCGAUUUACUAGUCAAUAUCAUUACCAUUUGUGUAUAUAUAUAGGGCAGCAGGAAAACAAGAGCAUGAGGCUUACUGCAGGGUCAUGUUUGGUGCGCUUAGUUCGUUUCAAUCCUUCUAGCAUUCAGCCAGUUAUUGAGAAACUCUCAUUUAAGGACCUAGCAUCUGCUCUUGUCAAGGGCGGUCCUCGUGAGCAGCAAAUCAGCUUAAAUCUUCUUAGCAUGGCAAUGCUUGGAAGUCAUAUGUUCUCUAAUAUUGGACGAUACCUUCUGCAACUUGUUGAGGAAAAGAAUUUGAUCCCAAGUCUUUUGGCUCUUAUCGAGCAGGGUAGUGAAGUUUUAAAGGGAAAGGCACUUGUUUUUGUUGCUCUUCUCUGUAAAGGCGGUAGAAGGUGGCUUCCACACUUCUUAUGCAGUCCGAAAUUACUUUCAGUGGUGGACAGGUUGGUAAAAGAGAAAGAUGCCUUUGUGCGGCAGUGUUUAAAUGCAUUCUUGCAUAUUAUAGCCUCUACAAUUCCUGGUUUACUGGAUACUAUAACCGGGGAUAUCCAACAAAUGAUGGCAGGAAGGCGUCAUGGACAUAUCUCUUCCCUUACCAGCAGAUCUGCUCCAAAAUCCAACAUUCAUUCAUUUGUUCCCUGUUCCUUCCAUCUUCUCUAGAAGUUCAAUAUUAUUUAACACAAAGUGGCGACUCACCAAGUCUUGCAGCAAUUGGCAAACCUUGUUAAGAUCGUGGAGACACCAUUUCAGGGCAGAGAUGACUUCCAAAUAACCCUUCUUCGCAUUAUGGAGUCUCUAACAGAGGAGUCUUCCGUGAUUUUUGGGAAUCCUGACCUUUUCAUCCGUGAAAUCCUUCCUAGCCUAACUGUUCUGUACAAGGGUAACAAAGAUGGUGAUGCCAGAUUUCUGUGCCUAAAGAUUCUCUUUGAUGUGAUGGUCAUUCUUUUGAGUGAACCGAUAGAAGAUGAACAAAGAUUGAAGGACUUGAAGUCUGUCUCAAAUACCCGUUUUCUACCUCUCUACCCGACCUUGGUUGAGGAUGAGGAUCCUAUUCCUAUGUAUGCACAGAAGCUUCUUGUGAUGUUACUGGAGUUCAGCUUUAUUAAAAUUCCAGACAUUCUGCAUCUGAAGACAAUCUCACAGUGCUUCGAAUUCUUGCUUGGUGAUCUCUCAAAUGCGAACGUUAACAAUGUUAAGCUGUGUUUGGCUCUGGCUGCUGCUCCUGAAAUGGAUUCCAAGUUGCUCUCUCAACUAAAAGUAGUUAGGAGAAUUGGCAAUUUUCUGGAGUUCGUAUACGCAAAGGGUAUGGAAGAUUUCUUGGAGCCAACUCUUGGGCUUUGCAGAGCCUUUCUUGCACUUUCAGUCAGAAGCGGAAAAGGCGCCAAUUGCUCAGCAGAACUUACUCUCUUGGGUGAAUGUUCUUCUGAGGCGAGUGGUGCAAUUGACCCUCAACAAUGUGUGAGAGAUAUAAUGGACUUUGGAAGCAAUGUUGGUGUCUUGCUGGAGUUGAGUGGAUCUAAUGAAUCCAACAUCGCCGACGUAGCUUCUGAAUGUAUAAUUUUACUAUUCAAGGCAGCUCCAAGAGAAGCCACCACUGGUCUACUAACCAAGCUCUCUAAGGUUAGUGUGAUCUUAGAGUGCUGGCGAAAAGGCACCUCUCGCUUGUCGGUGCAACGAAUGCUACAUGCUUUAGGUUAUGCUUGCAGGCAAUACUUGUUUCAUGCAAUGAUAUUAUCAAUAUCCAUACCAGAAAUUUCAAGAAUUGAAAUGAUCAUUUCCGAACUCAAAAGCUCAGGUGUCCAUGAUUUGGCCAGGACAGCUGGGUUAGCAGCUCUGGAGUUGCAGCGGUUGCCUCGCUGCAUCUAACUGGAGCAAGAAUCAGUCAUUUCUCAAUGUUAGUUGUUUACUUGUAUCUUGCAAGUGAAACAAGUGUCAAGCAAGCAAUCUUAAGGCAUGGUAAGGUGAAUUCUAUUCAUGCUUCGGAAUCCCUUGUGUAAUGUACGAGUUCUUUGUAUCUUCAUGAACCAUAUAUAUUGUAUUUAUUUCCUCGUUCUGUUUAACGCAGCCAAAUUGGUGAGUA